GGGGAGGAGGACCCAAGCUGAUUCAAAAGAUGGGUCUAAGCAGUCAAGUGGAGGAGGGAUCCAAUCUGAUGGCGGAGGGCCCAAGUUCAGCCUAAGGAGGAGGCCAGGCCCACCAAGGGGCCCCUGGAGGACUUGUUUCCCUUGUCCCUUGUGGUUUUUUGCAUUUCCUGUUCCCUUGCUGCUCACUGCGGAAGUUCCUUUUCUUACUCUGCACCCAGAACCUCGCCAGAGAAGACAAGGGCAGAAAGCACCAUGAGUGGGGGCCCAAUGGGAGGAAGGCCCGGGGGCCGAGGAGCACCAGCAGUUCAGCAGAACAUACCCUCCACCCUCCUCCAGGACCACGAGAACCAGCGACUCUUCGAGAUGCUUGGACGAAAAUGCUUGACGCUGGCCACUGCAGUUGUUCAGCUGUACCUGGCGCUGCCCCCUGGAGCUGAGCACUGGACCAAGGAGCAUUGUGGGGCUGUGUGCUUCGUGAAGGAUAACCCCCAGAAGUCCUACUUCAUCCGCCUUUACGGCCUUCAGGCUGGUCGGCUGCUCUGGGAACAGGAGCUGUACUCACAGCUUGUCUACUCCACCCCCACCCCCUUCUUCCACACCUUCGCUGGAGAUGACUGCCAAGCGGGGCUGAACUUUGCAGACGAGGAUGAGGCCCAGGCCUUCCGGGCCCUGGUGCAGGAGAAGAUACAAAAAAGGAAUCAGAGGCAAAGUGGAGACAGACGCCAGCUACCCCCACCACCAACACCAGCCAAUGAAGAGAGAAGAGGAGGGCUCCCACCCCUGCCCCCGCACCCAGGUGGAGACCAAGGAGGCCCUCCAGUGGGUCCACUCUCCCUGGGGCUGGCGACAGUGGACAUCCAGAACCCUGACAUCACGAGUUCACGAUACCGUGGGCUCCCAGCACCUGGACCUAGCUCAGCUGAUAAGAAACGCUCAGGGAAGAAGAAGAUCAGCAAAGCUGAUAUUGGUGCACCCAGUGGAUUCAAGCAUGUCAGCCACGUGGGGUGGGACCCCCAGAAUGGAUUUGACGUGAACAACCUCGACCCGGAUCUGCGGAGUCUGUUCUCCAGGGCAGGAAUCAGCGAGGCCCAGCUCACUGAUGCCGAGACCUCUAAACUUAUCUACGACUUCAUUGAGGACCAGGGUGGGCUGGAGGCUGUGCGGCAGGAGAUGAGGCGCCAGGAGCCACUUCCACCGCCCCCACCGCCAUCUCGAGGAGGGAACCAGCCCCCCCGGCCCCCUAUUGUGGGGGGUAACAAGGGUCGUUCUGGUCCACUGCCCCCUGUACCUUUGGGGGUUGCCCCACCCCCACCAACACCCCGGGGACCCCCACCCCCAGGCCGAGGGGGCCCUCCACCACCACCCCCUCCAGCCACUGGACGUUCUGGACCACUGCCCCCUCCACCCCCUGGAGCUGGUGGGCCACCCAUGCCACCACCACCGCCACCACCGCCACCGCCGCCCAGCUCCGGGAAUGGACCAGCCCCUCCCCCACUCCCUCCUGCUCUGGUGCCUGCUGGGGGCCUGGCCCCUGGUGGGGGUCGGGGAGCACUUCUGGAUCAAAUCCGGCAGGGAAUUCAGCUGAACAAGACCCCUGGGGCCCCAGAGAGCUCAGCGCUGCAGCCACCACCUCAGAGCUCAGAGGGACUGGUGGGGGCCCUGAUGCACGUGAUGCAGAAGAGAAGCAGAGCCAUCCACUCCUCCGACGAAGGGGAGGACCAGGCUGGCGAUGAAGAUGAAGAUGAUGAAUGGGAUGACUGAGUGGCUGAGUUACUUGCUGCCCUGUGCUCCCCCUCGCAGGACAUGGCUCCUCCUCCACCUUCUCUGUGCCCACCCUCCACUCUCCUCUUCCAGGCCCCCAACCCCCAUUUCUUCCCCACCAACCCCUCCAAUGCUGUUAUCCCUGCCUGGUCCUCACACUCACCCAACAAUCUCAAGGCCCUUUUUAUACAAAAAUUCUCAGUUCUCUUCACUCAAGGAUUUUUAAAGAAAAAUAAAAGAAUUGUCUUUCUGUCUCUCUAUAAA